AGGACAGGAGGGUCCGGGCUGCGGAGACAAUCAGCCAGCGGCGGCGGGGAAAGUAGAGGAGGCGGAAACAGCGACCACGACGACCUGAGGGAGAGGAGGAGGAGGCCCAAGCGGAGCGGGGUGAGGGGGAUUGCGGCUCCCCGUGAAGAAUGUCAGCCACCAGCGUCGACCAGGUACCGCCUUCUCGCGGCUUCGUGGUUCCCGAGUGGAGGAUCCCCUCGUCCCGCCUUCCUUCCGUUGGUCAUAGCGGGGAUCCGAGCCCGCUACAUCCGAGACUGUGGGACUCCUCCCCUGCUCCCAGGACCGCCCCUUCUGCAGGCCUGGAGGCCGCUGGGCCUGGGGCCUUCCUGCCGAGGCUCAACGAUUCCAUUUGCUUGUGUUCACGGGAGGGCAAUUUAUUCGCUAGUCUCUUAAAAUCCACGACCUCCGGCCCUUUCCUUGCUCGGGCUGGUCCCUGGCCCUCUCUGACUGUGGUUGGACGUGGCUCUGAGGAAUUCGCAAGACCUAAAGGACAGGGAAAUAAAGUUUCAGUGCAAAACGGUUCGAUUCAUCAAAAGGAUGCAGUAAAUGAUGAUGAUUUUGAGCCAUAUCUGAGUAGCCAGACAAAUCAGAGUAAUAGCUAUCCACCAAUGUCAGACCCAUACAUGCCUAGUUAUUAUGCUCCCUCCAUUGGUUUUCCAUACUCUCUGGGUGAAGCAGCAUGGUCCACAGCUGGAGAUCCUCCAAUGCCAUACUUGACAACUUAUGGACAGAUGAGCAAUGGUGAACACCACUAUAUUCCCGAUGGUGUAUUCAGUCAACCUGGGGCUUUAGGGAAUACUCCUCCGUUUCUUGGUCAGCAUGGAUUUAAUUUUUUUCCUGGAAAUGCAGAUUUCUCUACAUGGGGGACAAGUGGAUCUCAGGGGCAAUCAACCCAAAGCUCUGCUUAUAGCAGCAGCUAUGGCUACCCACCCAGCUCUCUCGGUAGAGCUAUAGCCGAUGGACAGGCUGGAUUUGGCAAUGAUACUUUGAGCAAGGUACCUGGAAUUAGCAGCAUUGAACAAGGUAUGACUGGAUUGAAAAUUGGUGGUGAAAUGACAGUUGCUGUAACAAAAACAGUUGGAUCAGCUCUAACCAGUACAGGUAUGACCAGCAUUGCAGCAAAUAAUGUGCCUGCAGUUAGCAGUUCAGCACCUAAACCAACCUCGUGGGCUGCCAUUGCAAGAAAGCCUGCUAAGCCUCAGCCAAAACUUAAACCUAAAGGUAAUGUGGGAAUUGGGGGCCCUACAGUACCGCCACCACCUAUAAAACACAACAUGAAUAUUGGCACUUGGGAUGACAAAGGGUCGGUGGUAAAAGCUCCUCCAAUCCAACCAGUACUGCCUCCUCAGACUAUAAUUCAACAGCCUCAGCCUUUAAUUCAUCCACCUCCUAUGGUGCAAAGCCAGCUGCCGCCGCCGCAGCAGCAACAGCAGCCGCCACCACAGUCACAACAGCCUCAAGGACCUCAGCAACAGGCUCAGCCUCAUCAGCUGCAGCAGCAGCAACAGCUGCAAAAUCGCUGGGUGGCUCCUCGCAAUAGAGGUGUAGGCUUCAAUCAGAGCAAUGGAGCUGGCAAUGAAAACUAUGGUAUAGGUGUUAUACCAGUUAGCUCUUCACCAUCUGGUGUAGAAGUACACCCAGUUUUGGAAAAAUUAAAGGCCAUAAAUAACUAUAAUCCCAAAGACUUUGACUGGAACCUGAAGAAUGGUCGUGUGUUUAUAAUCAAAAGCUAUUCAGAGGAUGAUAUACAUCGUUCCAUUAAAUAUUCUAUCUGGUGUAGUACUGAACAUGGUAAUAAGCGCUUGGAUGCUGCAUAUCGUUCACUGAAUGGAAAAGGCCCACUCUAUUUACUUUUCAGUGUGAAUGGCAGUGGACACUUCUGUGGAGUAGCUGAGAUGAAGUCGGUGGUGGACUACAAUGCGUAUGCUGGAGUGUGGUCUCAGGAUAAAUGGAAGGGGAAGUUUGAUGUUAAGUGGAUCUUUGUUAAAGACGUUCCGAACAACCAGCUGCGGCACAUUCGCUUGGAAAAUAAUGACAACAAACCAGUUACCAAUUCAAGGGACACUCAAGAAGUACCCCUAGAAAAAGCCAAGCAAGUGCUUAAAAUAAUUGCUACUUUCAAGCAUACCACCUCAAUCUUUGAUGACUUUGCACAUUAUGAAAAGCGUCAAGAGGAGGAGGAAGCCAUGCGUAGGAUGAUCCCUGCAUUUCCAGAUUUUGGGAGGCUACAGGGGAAGGAGGUUGUUUUGCCUUCCAACUAUGAGGUCAAUUUGGCCAUCUCAACAAGUUUUUAUCAACUUCGCCAACCACUCCUCAACUGAGAGGAAUAGAAACAAACAAUAACUAUAUGGAGAUUAUCCUUCUAGAAUUACAACACUAAUGAUGUAGACUCUGGAAAUGCCUAAUAUGUCUAAGAAGACGUUAUUAAAGCUUUGUUCCUGCUUAAGGUGACAUCUUUGAACACUUUAACACAAAUGACUCUUCUUGUAAUGGUUCUCAUCAGUGCAUCUGCCCUUAUACUCUCUCACCAAACACACUUGAGAACUGUAACUUCGUCAAGCACUUUCUGUCCUGAAGCUUUUACCAGUAUCUGCUGUCUUUUGUAAUUAUGCAUCCUAGCUAAGGCACAGGAGAUGGAACGAAUGCAAGGAUUCAUUAACUCUUUGAAUUUGUUAAAUACUAACAAUUAACCAUCAUAAGUGGUUCAAUGAUGUGAGAUUCACAUUGCUUCAAUUUAUUUUUCUUUGAUGUAGUUUUUUAAUUGUCAGGUUUUUUUUAGCUAUUCAGCAGAAUUUAAAGCAAAAUCAUGCCAUAUUUAGUCCUGGAGUAAAAUUCAAGUCUAAAUGUUCAUGUGAAAAUUAUUGUAGUAAACUUUUAAUAUGGCAAAGCAACUUUGAGCUACAGUUUAGCCAAAUGAAUUAUAACAUGAAAUUAUAUUAGAAUGUCAUUUCCCUUGUUUCAAACUGUUUGGUGUAGAGAAUAUUAAUAUAUGCAGCUUGGUGGGCCGCACCAGUUAAUGCACAUUUCUUUUUUUCCCCCCUGUAACAUGUAUACCAGAAGAAGUGUGUUUGUCUGAGGAACUGUUUGCUACACUCAAUCUCAAUUUUGAGUACAUGUACCUCAGUCUAAAUCAGACUUUUUAUGACCUUUAUAACAACACUUAAAACCUUUAAUUCCUAUUUCUGGUGUUUGCAAGCCUGAAAAGAUUGCUAUCAUGGAAGUGAAAAUUUAUUCCUCGAAGUGAUUCACUAGCUAAAUAAACAUUAUUCUUGUUUUAGCAAGCAUAUAUUCAGUUUCUCAGAUUUUGUUUGUUCCCAAUUCUGAAUAUAAUAGUCUGCUAUUUUUUCAGUUCAAAAUACUUUGGGAAAUAAAACGUUUAUUCAUGGUUUCAGUUUGUAUGCUCUCAUGGCUGUGUUUACAUGUUACUUAUUAGUACUAUAUAAUAAAAGCCUAGGAAUCAUAAUCA